AUGGACAUCGUUGGACCUUUCUCAAUGGCGAUCGUUCAGAAUCUCACGCUGACUCAUAUCCGACAACGAAAGACAGUUCGCCCCUGGGAGCUUAGAGAAUGGUGUGAAGGUUAUGACAUCCAACAAGCCUUCACCUCGGUGGCCUACCCUCAGGGCAAUGGGCAAGCCGAAGUCACCAAUUGGGAGAUCCUCAGAGUCUUACACGCUUGGCUCGACUACAUGGGAGGUAGCUGGGUCGACGAGCUCCCUAGUGUGCUAUGGGCUCUCCGUAUGACUCCAAAGGAGGCGACUGACGUAACCCCAUUCCAGUUGGUGUACGACAGUGAAGCAAUUGUCUCCGUGGAGGUCAGAAUAGAAUCUGAUUGGGUGCAGCUCUAUGAUGAAGGGAACGUCGAACAGAGGUUGAUGGAGCUUGACUUGGUGGACGAAACGCGGGCAAAAGAAGCAAUUCGGCUAACGACGUACCGGUAG